AUGGGAUCCAUCGGAGAGGUAGCCACCCACCAAGACGAAGGUAUCAAGAUUGAUCUGAAAAAAAAUAAGUUUAAAGCUUCACCCCUCGGCUCCACCUGCGAAGGCCCGGGCAAUGGCCCUCAUUUCGCGACAAAUGACGCAAGUCAUAAUGGCUCUGAUGACACCCAUUCAACAGUUAAUGCACCAGUCUCACCGCCAAUUGCUAUUGUUGGAAUGGCCGUCAGACUUCCGGGCGAUGUCAGAUCCAUGGAGAGCUUCUGGGAUCUUCUCGUCAGCAAACGAGACGUGAGCAUGGAAGUACCGCGGAGCCGUUUCAACAUCGACGCAUUCUACAGUGACUCCCGCCCCAUGACAGUCAAAAGUAGGCGAGGCUUCUUUUUGAAUGAUGAACUGGACAAGGUCGACCCAUCUGUUUUCGGUAUGUCAAAUGACAAAGCUGGCCUGAUUGAUCCCCAGCAGAGACUGCUGCUUGAGCUUGUAUGGGAAUGCAUGGAAAGUGCUGGGCAGGUGAAUUGGCGCGGAAAGGACAUUGGAACUUAUGUGGGAAACUUUGGGGAGGAUUGGCUGGAGAUGUGCCUGAAAGACCCCGCUGUAAUGCAUCGACAUCAAGUCUUCGCUGCGAGUGAUUUCAGUCUUGCGAGUCGAGUCUCCUAUGAGUAUGACCUUCGGGGCCCAAGCAUGACUAUUAGAACUGCAUGUUCAGCCUCGAUGAUUGCGCUGCAUGAAGCCUGUCAGUCAGUCGCUUCUGGAGAGUGCUCGGGGGCAAUAGUGGCUGGCUCAAACAUCAUUCUGACGCCGACCAUGACAACAAACAUGUCAGAAAAUGGGGUCAUCUCAGUUGACGGUGAAUGUAGGACCUUUGAUGCUGAUGCAAAUGGCUAUGCACGUGGGGAAUGUGUUAACGCUAUCUAUGUCAAGAAGCUGGACCAGGCCAUUCAAGAUGGCGAUCCAAUUCGGGCAGUAAUUCGGUCGACAACUGCCAACUCCAACGGCAGAACUAGCAAGCCUGCUGUUCCUAGUGCGGAAGCUCAGUCAAAUCUGAUUCGAAAGGCAUAUCAGCGAGCUGGUAUACUCGACCCCACCAGGACCGGUCUUUUCGAAUGUCAUGGUACUGGCACAGCUGCGGGUGAUGUCACCGAAGCCGAGGCCAUCGCCCGGGUCUUUGGAGCGAGUGGUGUUGUUAUCGGAGCGGCAAAGCCAAAUGUCGGCCACUCUGAGGGUGCUUCUGCUCUCACAAGUCUGAUCAAAGCUGUUCUUUGCUUAGAACACAGAGCAAUCCCUCCAAGUGCACGCUUUGGAACCCCCAAUCCGAGAAUUCCAUUCAAGGAGGCGAAUCUCCGUGUGGCCAAGGAGCUUCUCCCGUGGCCCGAGGAUCGUGACGAGCGAGUGAGUGUUAACAGCUUCGGUAUUGGCGGUUCAAACGCACAUGCUAUCUUGGAGUCCGCUCGCUUAUGGAGUGUUGGACCUACAAGCGCUGAGAGCAUCCUGUCUACAAACAGUUCCUCAAAGCUCGUGAUCGUAUCUGCAGUUGCUUCUCAGGAUCUGGCUUACACUUUGGGGGAACGCCGGGACCAUUGGAGACAUCGGGCUUUCGCCAUCAUCCAAAAUGGAGCAGUAACGGAACUUCCCGUGUUCAAAAAGCAUCAUUCUUCUUUACAGAAGCCACAGUCGAUGAUUUUUGUCUUUCCAGGACAAGGUUCUCAGUGGCCUGGCAUGGGCAAGCGACUUUUUGAAACAUUUGGUUGUUUCCGUGAGGCUAUUAGGACCAUGGAUCGAGUCCUUCAGUCCUUACCGCAGACCCCUACCUGGACUUUGGAAGAUAAGUUAACCACAAUCGGUGAUGCUUCAUGCUUUCUAAGAGCGGAGUACUCCCAACCACUAUGCGCCGCUGUUCAAAUUGGACUUGUCAACCUACUCGCAUCCUGGAACGUUCAUCCAAGUGCAGUGAUAGGUCAUUCAAGUGGUGAAAUGGUGGCUGCAUAUGCAGCCAAAUCCAUCACUGCUGAAACUGCCAUCAUGAUCGCGUAUUAUCGGGGGCAGGCGAGCGGUUCCCUCAAGAAACGCGGAGGAAUGGCAAGUAUUGGAUUAGGCCGAGAGACUAUGAAACAAUAUCUGGAAGAUGGCAUUGUUUUAGCAUGCGAGAAUAGUCUUCAAAGUGUCGUGAUAUCAGGUGAUCAAGAUGCUCUAGUCCGGGUUCUCGAUCGUGUGAAGGAGGCACAUCCCGAUGUAUACACUGGGCGCCUUGAAGUUGAAACGGCUUAUCACUCUCAUCACAUGGCAGAUGUAGGGCCGGAAUUGGAAAAGAUGCUUCACGAUCGCAUUCGAUUCUCCAUUCCAGAGAUCCCUUUCUAUUCUACUGUUCAUGGUAGGAAGCUUAGUGAAGCUGAUUGCCUAGAUGCCCAGUAUUGGAGAAGAAACUUGGAGUCCAUGGUCCUUUUUCAGACCGCUGUUAAGACAGCGCUGGAGGAUCUACAGGAAGACACGUCAUGCUUUCUAGAGAUAGGCCCACAUUGCUCAUUAUCUGGCCCUUUGCGACAGAUCAUCCGAGAUGCGAAGCCCAAAUCACCCGUACACUACUUCCCAACGCUACAUAGAGCGCAGGACGAAGUAUCCGACGCGCUUGAAGCAGCUGGCCAACUGUUUCUACAGGGAUUGCCAAUCUCACUGCCAUCUAUUAAUGGCCCCGGAAAGAUAUUGACAGAUUUACCACCUUAUCCUUGGAAUUACUCCAAGAGUGCAAGGUUUGAAAACCGUGUCGCGAAUAGUUGGCGUCAUCGCCAAUUUUGUCAUCACGAGCUUCUAGGCUCUCGGGCUAUAGAAUCCAGCGAUCUUGAGCCUUUUUGGCGCAAUAUACUUUCUCUCGAAAACAGUGCGUGGUUAUCUGACCACAAAUUUUCUCAAUCUGUGGUCUACCCUGCAGCCGCACAUAUCGCAGCUGUCGGUGAAGCAGUUCGACAAAUGACGGGAACCACUGCAUUCUCCAUUCGAAACCUCUUUAUCAAGAAGGCGCUACUUCUGGAUGUAGACAAGGACGUCGAGGUUACAACCAGUCUAAAAUUCUCAUGCCUGACCGACCUUUUGGAUUCAGAUUGGUUUGACUUUACUAUCUCCUCGUUCAGUGGCACUGAGUGGACCAAACAUUGCACCGGACAAGUAAGCGGCGUGCAGCACCCCAAAUCCACCGUGAAAAACAUCAGCUCGUUCAUUCGCAAGGUGGAUGCUUCUGACUGGUACAAAUCAUUCCGACGGAUUGGGCUCGAUUAUGGACCUUAUUUCCAAGGCCUGAAUAACGUCACAGCCGAUCCAGUCAAAAGAAUAGCAGCGGGCACGAUUUCCCGCAACGGGAAUCUUGCAGAUGUUGGUGGAUUUGCAAUUCACCCAACCCUCAUCGAUAAAGCCCUACAGCUAGUCGCCGUGGCUGCCACAAGUGGCAUUUCCAGAGAUCUCGAUCGGGUUGCAAUUCCAAUUUCGAUAGACAAAAUCUAUGUUGGAGCUUGCACCUCUGCUAAUCUUGAGGCGGAAGCUGACUGCCACGGUAUCACAAAUGGCAAUUUCACGGGAGACGUGUCAGUGACCCACAAUGAUGAUAUCGUACUUGACAUUCGUGGCAUUAGGUGCUUCCCAAUGGAUGAGGACUCUCCAGAUUCUUCCGAUUCACAUUUUUCUCGGGUUAUCUGGAAAGAAGAUAUCGAAUUCAUGCCUUCGCUUUCCGGGAUUCUACCACCAAGUCCUGCGAAAUAUGAAGCCGAGUUAUUGCUGACUGAACAGGUUUGCGUAUUGAAUAUGAUGACUAUUCAUCGUUCAUCGAAAGACACAACCACAAAAGAGCCUCACUUCAUCAAAUACAUCAAUUGGUUGGACGGUCAGGUGAAGCGCUUUGAAGCAGGAGACUACGCGGUCGUUCCAGAGACAAAAGACUGGGCUAAAAUGAGCGUAGAGGAUCAAGAAUUACUUCUCUCCUCUUUGAAGAGCGCUCUGGUAGAAAUGGGUCCCAAAUGGAGUGCCUUUACGGAAAUCAUGACCAGAAUCAAUCGUGCAGGUCGUGAGAUUUUUGAAGGCCGAAUAAAUCCUUUGGAGGUAUUGAUGGAAGACAACGGAUUGGAGAAAGUUUACAGCAUUGCGGCUGGACUCACCAACUACGACGCCUUUCUACAGACAUUAAGCCACUCAAAGCCAUCCAUGAGAAUUUUGGAGAUCGGGGCAGGCACUGGUGCGACCACAGCGGAUGUCCUUUCGUCGCUUCAGACCCCGGAUCUUGGACGAUUAUACUCGGAAUACUUUUUCACGGACAUUUCACCAGCUUUCUUUGCACCAGCAAGAGAAAGACUUCAACGACUCCCCGGAUUUUCAUUUAAAUCUCUUGACAUAACACAUGAUCCCGUGGGUCAGGGAUUUCAAGAGGGGCUCCUUGCACCAGGUGGAUAUUUACUCCUCCAGGAACUUCAUCCGGAGUCAAUUAAAGUGGAUUGCAUUAUGGGCUUACUUCCUCAGUGGUGGCUUGGGGAAAACGAUGAGCGCCCAGAAAAGCCCUAUGUAUCACCUGACAGAUGGGAUAAGGAGCUUCGAAGCGCUGGCUUUACUGGAGUUGAGUCAAGUGCAUAUGACAACGUUCGGCCGCAUCACAGCAACGUGAGCAUGAUAUCUCGAAGACAACAGUCAACUACGACCGACAGUCCGAAGGUGAGCUUUCUUUACGAUGGUACAUUCAGUCAGUCGAAAAAAAUGGUCGAGCAAGCCUUCUUGCAAGCUGGCUGCGUCGUGAAUUGGUUUACCUUACAACAAAGCGACGUUUCCCAUGAGCAUGUCGUUUCGCUACUCGAUUUGGAAACUUCCUUCUUUGAAGAUAUUCCUGAAGCAAAAUUUAACGCUUUCCGGGACUUCAUGGCAACUUCAGCUCCAAAAAGUAUGCUCUGGGUCACGCGUGACACUCAAAUGCGCUGUGUAGAUCCGCGGUGGAGCCUCGCUCUAGGCAUGAUGCGAACACUCCGUUUGGAAUUCUCUAUUCCAUGUGCCACCUUUGAGAUGACCUCUGUGGAUCAAGCGACCUCGAGCUCUUUGGUUAAGGUCCAGCAAAAGAUCCAGUCAUCACCAAACGCUGCACUGGAUCCCGACUAUGAGUAUUCAUCUGAAGGCGAGAAAGUUUUUACCAGCCGCUACUAUCCCGGUCGGCUGUCGACAACACUUGAAAAGGCAUACGAGCAGCCGGAGUCCAAGAGAUUGACUAUCACUACGUGCGGCUUGCUUGACACCAUUCAAUGGGUGCGAUUUGAGCCCCAGCCACCGGGAACAGGUGAGCUAGAGAUUGACAUCAAAUAUGUUGGUCUGAACUUCAAGGAUCUGAUGCAUGCCAUGGGAUUCAUUGGCCAGAAGGACGAUAUUGGAUUAGAAGCAACUGGUGUUGUUCGGAAAAUUGGACCUGGUCCACAUAGCCAAGAUUUCCAGGAGGGAGAUCAAGUCAUUGUAUGUGGUUCCUCUCUUCUGAGAACCUCUGCAGUCAUUUCGAGCCAUUCUUGCAUCCGUAUUCCGCCAGACGUGUCUCUGGAGGAUGCUGCUACCGUCUCAGUCGCCUUUUGCACGGUUAUCUACUCGCUCAUCACUCUUGGAGGGUUGCACAAAGGACAGUCCAUACUAAUUCACUCUGCUGCUGGUGGCGUUGGACUAGCAGCAAUUCAAUUAUCUCGGUUACUGGACGCAGAGGAAAAGAUCUAUGCGACCGUUGGAAACGAUACUAAGGCACAAUAUCUUGUUGACAAAUAUCAAAUACCCCGCCAUCGAAUCUUCAAUUCAAGGAACCCGAGCUUCAAAGAUGGGGUCCUUGGUGAGACUAACGGAAAGGGUGUAGAUGUCGUUCUCAACUCCCUCUCUGGCGAGAAUCUUCAUGCCUCGUGGGAGUGUGUCGCGGAGUUUGGAAAAAUGAUUGAAAUUGGCAAGAGGGACAUGAUGGGUCACGGCAAACUGAACAUGAAUUCUUUCUUGAACAAUCGUUCCUUUAUUGCUUUCGAUCUGUUAGGAUUGGCUCUUGGUCGACCGGACGAGUGUCAAAGGCAAGUUGAUCUUGGAUGCUUCAAGCGUGGACAAGGGCUAUAUAUUAACAUCAAUAUUAACAGACUAAUAAAGACUGUGGGCUCAUAUCUUGAGCAAGGUGCAGUCAAACCAAUAGAGCCAAAAAAUAUUUUUGAGGCCAGAGAUGCUGGAGCAGCCUUCAGACUCAUGCAAACUGGUCAACACAUGGGAAAGAUAGUUAUCAAGAUUCCUGAAGACUCAAGUGAGAUCCCCGUCUCUGUGACCGUCUCAUCUCUUUCAUUUUCCCCAGAUGUUUCUUACCUUCUGGUUGGGGGUCUUGGGGGUCUUGGAGUGGCUAUAGCGAGAUGGAUGGCUGAGCGGGGUGCAAGAAGCUUGGUCUUUCUGUCCCGGUCUGGGGAUAACACUGAUAAAUCUAGAUCCUUUGUUCAAGAGCUGGAAGCCAUGGGAUGCACCGCAACUGUUGUAGCUGGUGAUGUCGUGCAUAUGGAGGAUGUACUACGGGCGGUUUCCUCGUGCCCGAAGCCGUUAGCCGGGGUUAUUCAGCUUGCUAUGGUUAUAAAGGACCAAGCAUUCAUGAAUAUGGAACAUAAAGAUUGGCUCGCCUCUCUUGCUCCCAAGGUAACUGGGACAAGGAAUCUCUAUCGUGCGAUAAAGGACCACAACAAACUGGACUUUUUCCUCAUGUUUGGUUCCAUCAUGGGCAUCUGUGGAAACAUCGGUCAAUCCAACUAUGCUGCCGCAAAUUGUUUCCUCGAUGCAUUUGCGAAGGUCUGUCGCGCCGAGGGCUGUCCUGCAUGUGUGAUUCAGCUGGGUGGCAUGGCCGAUAUCGGGUAUGUCAGUCAAAGGCCGGAACUCAAGGCAAUGUAUAACGAGGAUAUCAUGGACCUGCUGAAGGAGAGGGACCUUCUUCAAGCCGUACAGGUAGCGAUUGAACAAGCAAGACUGACCGGCACCAAUCGGGAUGACCCUUCUGCAAGCACUAUCGUGAUUGGAUUGCAACAGUUUGUGCGAUCCAUACCUCGAGAGGCAUACCGACGUGACCGCCGCUUCGCUUCAUGUCUCCUCUCAACUGAAGAACCAAUAUCCACACCUUUGGAUACGGAUCGGCUGAACAAAUUCCUAGCAGACGUGAAGACUAACCCCUCCAUUCUUGAGUUGCCAUCCACGCUGGACUUGCUGAUUGAAGAAAUUGCAACCAUCAUCAAUGGCCAGUCUGGCGAGUUUGAAUCUCUCGAGGCAGCAGGGGAGAUUGAAGUUGACUCUCUUAUGACCAUUGAGAUUCGAAGCUGGGUACGCAAGCGCCUUAGUAUCGAAAUCUCGACCUUGCAUAUAUCAAAGGCAAAGAAUGUGCGCGGCCUGGCCUUGCUCAUUAUCGAGAAUUUGAAAUCGAGCCACAGCCCUAAGGAUGGGGAGCGGAGAAUAGAUGAGAAGACCGAAGGGGGAUGUCAAGGAAUAAUGUCUUUAUCAUGUUCUCUUUCAAAUACUAUUAUUCCGGCUUUUUUCUUUGUGUACUUUCGAUUUCGUUCACAUCAUCCUUGA